CCCACCCAUAAACUCCGCGUCACUAGCGUCGCAGCGUACACGUGGAGCAAUAUCAUUGGUCGGAUGCACGUGGCAGGAUACAUCAUUGGCCGGGACAACUCCACAGUCCACUCCCUCUUCCAGAGAUCCAUUUAUAAUCUCUCCCCGCACUCCCACAGAUCCUUCAAGCGUUCGAGUUUCUCAGAUCUCUGUCGACAUUUUCAUUCUCUAUCGAGCUCUGAUUCCAGUCAUGGAAGGGAAGAAGCGGAAAAGCUUCGCGCAGGGCGUCUUGCUGCUGGCAAUCGCGUGCUUGUUUUCCCAGCUCUGCGCCUCGUCCGAUGUGAAAUUCUACGAGUCGUUCGAUGAUGCAUUUGAUGGGAGAUGGACUGUCUCCGAGAAGGAGGAUUAUAAAGGUACAUGGAAGCAUUCCAAGAGUGAGGGGCAUGAUGAUUAUGGCCUUCUUGUGAGUGAGAAGGCUAGAAAAUAUGCCAUUGUCAAGGAACUUGAUGAGCCUGUCGAUCUAAAAGACGGAACAGUAGUUCUACAAUAUGAAGCUCGUUUCCAAGAAGGGCUUGAAUGUGGUGGUGCUUAUAUUAAGUAUCUCCGCCCACAGGAUGCUGGGUGGGUUGCCAAGGAAUUUGACAAUGAAUCGCCCUAUUCCAUCAUGUUUGGUCCUGAUAAAUGUGGGGCCACUAACAAAGUUCAUUUCAUUCUGAAGCAUAAGAACCCAAAAACUGGGGAGUAUGUUGAGCACCAUCUCAAGUAUCCACCUUCUGUACCUUAUGACAAACUAACCCAUGUUUAUACUGCCAUAUUGAAACCCGACAAUGAGCUCAGCAUCUUGAUUGAUGGAGAAGAGAAAAAGAAGGCUAACUUCUUAUCUGGUGAGGAUUUUGAGCCAACUAUAAUCCCUCCGAAGACCAUUGCUGAUCCUGAUGACAAGAAGCCUGAGGAUUGGGACGAGAGGGAGAAGAUCCCAGACCCGGAUGCAAAGAAACCAGAGGAUUGGGAUGAGGAUGCACCAAUAGAGAUCCCAGAUGAGGAAGCUGAGAAGCCUGAAGGGUGGUUGGAUGAUGAACCUGAAGAGAUUGAUGACCCCGAUGCGACAAAACCCGAAGAUUGGGACGAGGAGGAGGAUGGUGAGUGGGAAUCUCCCAAAAUUGACAAUCCUAAGUGUGUGGAUGGCCCUGGUUGCGGGGAGUGGAAAAGACCGAUGAAGAGGAACCCUGCUUACAAGGGAAAAUGGCACGCUCCCCUUAUUGACAACCCCAAUUACAAAGGAAUUUGGAAGCCUAAGGAGAUCCCAAACCCCGAUUACUUUGAACUCGAGCGACCUAACUUUGAGCCUGUUGCUGCAAUUGGAAUCGAGAUCUGGACAAUGCAAGAUGGUAUCCUGUUUGACAACAUCCUGAUAGCUAGCGACGAGAAAACUGCAGAAUCUUAUCGAAAGGAUGCAUGGAAGCCCAAGUUUGAUUUAGAGAAACUGAAACAGAAGGCUGAGGAAGAUUCAGAUUCUGAUGGCCUCAAAGGUUUCAAGAAAGUGGUAUUUGACCAGCUGUAUAAGAUUGCUGACCUGCCAUUCUUGGGAGAACAUAAGAGCAAAGUCCUGGAUCUACUCGAAAAGGCAGAGAAACAACCUAACAUCACAAUAGGAGUCAUCGUCUCUCUCGUAGUUAUUGUCCUAACAGCACUAUUCAAGCUUCUCUUUGGUGGAAAGAAGCAAUCACCUACGAAACCAGCUGAAGAAUCCAAGAAGAGCGAAGCGGCAGAGAGUUCCAACAGUCAGGCGGCUCAUGAGGAGGAGAAAGAGGAACAGAGUGAGAACGCUGCUGCUAAACGGAGGCCCCGGCGUGCCGGAUAAUAUGGCUACCGACAUGGUUGCAACCCCGGCCCGCCGUUAGAAGUUCUUUUUUCUUCUUUUGAGAUUUUGUUUAAAAAAAAUACUCUCUUUGCUUUGAAUUUUUCUGUUGAUGAUGAUGUGGGGGUCAGUCCAGAAAAUGUUUAUGCACUCUUUUAGGCGUGUGUGUUUCUUUCUUUUUUUUUUUGGUUUAUUGUUUUAGUGUAAUAUUAGAAAAACCUGUUUGGUGUCACGAUGAGCCUUCUUUAUUUUUUACCAUCCGGAGGAAUUUUGUGCAUUGG